UCAUGUGUCAAUGUGGGUGACCACUGUAUAUAACCCUCCAUCGCCAUCCCACUAAUAGCAGGUGCCGAGAUUUUAAUCACCCAGAAAACAAAUCUGCACUUGCAUCUUUCUUCUUCGAUCCUCUCCUUUACCCCCUCUCUUUCUUUCCAAAUCAUUAAAAAACCCCCAAUUUUUCUUAAAUCCAAUCCCACGGAAGAAAUUAUUUCAUUUUUUUUGGAUAAACAAAGAAAAAGAGAAAUUAGAGAGGAACCCAGAAAAUAAAAGGCGAGAAAUUUUCUCAACAAUCCAAGAUAUGUCGUCUUCAUUGGAAGAUGAGUUGUUCCCCUCGACGCCCGGCAAGUUCAAAAUCGAGCGGAGCCACGCCAUGAACCGCCAGUUCCACCGCUGCUUCGCCUCGACAAGCACCAUGUUCUUGUGGGCCCUAUUUCUCAUCGCCUUGACCGCGUCGUAUUUGAGUUUUCAGAGCUUCAUUGACUCCAGCAGCCGCUACUUCUCCGCCUCCUGGGGUGGCAUCCAGUGGGAGAAGCAGGUUCGCAACUCUGCCCAGAUCCACCGCUCCGGCGGCAUGUCCGUCCUCAUCACCGGCGCCGCCGGAUUCGUCGGGAGCCACGUCUCUCUAGCCCUCAAAAAGCGCGGAGACGGCGUCGUCGGAAUUGACAACUUCAACAGCUACUACGACCCGUCGUUGAAGGAAGCUCGCAGGUCGCUCCUCAAGACCCACGACAUUUUCAUCGUCGAGGGCGACAUAAACGACAACCGCCUCCUCGACAAGUUAUUCGACACGGUGGCGUUCACCCACGUGAUGCACUUGGCGGCUCAAGCCGGCGUCCGGUACGCCAUGGAAAACCCUCAUUCCUACGUCCACAGCAAUAUCGCCGGCCUCGUCACACUUCUUGAAGUCUGCAAAUCGGCCAAUCCUCAGCCGUCCAUCGUUUGGGCCUCGUCCAGCUCUGUCUACGGCUUAAACGACAACGUUCCGUUCUCCGAAUUGCACCGUACGGACCAGCCGGCCAGCCUCUAUGCCGCCACCAAGAAAGCCGGUGAAGAAAUUACCCACACUUACAACCAUAUUUACGGCCUGUCAAUUACCGGUUUGAGAUUUUUCACCGUGUACGGACCCUGGGGACGACCCGACAUGGCCUAUUUUUCUUUCACCCGCAACAUCCUCCAAGGAAAGCCCAUCACCAUUUACCGGGGCAAGAACGGGAUCGACUUGGCGAGGGAUUUCACAUAUAUUGACGACAUCGUGAAGGGCUGUUUGGGGUCGCUGGAUACAUCCGGGAAGAGUACCGGGUCGGGUGGGAAGAAGCGGGGAUUGGCGCCGUACCGGAUCUUUAAUUUGGGGAACACAUCACCGGUGACAGUGCCGACACUUGUCAACAUCUUGGAGAGGCAUUUGAAGACGAAGGCAAAGAAAAAGGUGGUGGACAUGCCUGGAAACGGCGACGUUCCGUUCACGCACGCGAAUAUAAGUUCGGCCGGAAGAGAACUCGGGUACAAGCCCACAACCAAUUUGCAGAGCGGGUUGAACAAGUUUGUUAGAUGGUACCUUUCUUAUUACGGCUACAAUCGUGGCAAGCCUGUAAAUUAAUAUUUCCUCUUCCAUUUUUUUACUUUUUUAAUUUUCUAGGAUUUUAUUUCCCCAACCACAAAAGGAAAAACCUUGGAAAAAAUAUCGCAAGAAAAUGGAAAGAAAACAAAAAACUGAGAUGCAUUUGUUUUUUACUUGGGAGAGCUAGGUUUCUCCUUGGUAACUCUUUCUUUUUUAUUUUUGGUUUAUAUUUAUUACAUUUAUUUUUUUGUUUAUAUUUAUUACUUUUACUUUUUGUUUAUAUUUAUUACUUUUAUUUUUUGUUUGUUUUUGUAAAGAAGAAGUUGAGGCUUGGUUUGAUUGACACAAUGAUAUUGUACUUGUUAGGUUCCAAUGGCAA